GCACUAGGCUAAGGGGUAGUUGUGUGUUGCGAGUGUGUGUCUGCACAAUGACCAUGAAUUUACUACCAACUCUACUCAAAAUAAGGAAGACACCGUAAGAGCUUUGGAUAGAGGGCCACUGUACACCUUUUGUAUGGUUUCGGUUGGGAGUGUAUUAUUUGAUUCAGAUCCACAGGCAACAGGCCUACUCUUUAGGCAUAUCAUUUCCACUGAAGCAGCUGUAUCCAGUCCACCAAGUCACUUUGUGACAUGGAACCUUUACCUUUUCUUGACCAGUUUCAGGAAUUCCACCAUAUCCAUGGAACCAACGUGCGGCUAGACCCUACGGGGACCCAGGCUACCCGAGUGGAAAGCUUUGCCAACGGGGUGUGCUUCAGCAGAGAGCCGCUGAGUCCUGGGGAGAUCUUCCUGGUGGAGAUCGAGGAGAAGGAGCUGGGCUGGUGUGGCCACCUGCGGAUCGGGCUGACCGCCAGAGACCCUCUGACCUUCGAAACGGUGCCUGAGUACUCCCUGCCGGACCUCAUGGACCUGGGGGACAGCUGGGUGUUUGCUAUCACACGAAACCACAACCGGGUGGUGGAGGAGGAGGCUGUGGCGCCUGAGGGAGUGGGGGCAGGAGAUGGAGCGUUGGCCGGGGGUCAUAGGUUAGGGGAUGGUAGGGAAGAGGGAGGUAGGAGGCUACCUAGGCUGGGGGGUGGUGAUGUGGAAGAAGAAGCGAUUAAUCCCAAACCCAAGACGUUCUUCACAGACUCCCACCUGCACAUUGAGAAAGUUAAUAUCCCCAUGGACAAGCUGGUUGGUCGGAGUCGACCCGGACGCUACAGCCACAUCUUGGAUGACCUGUACAAGACCAAUGCCCUCCCCCCCACUGCCAGACGUAGUCGGAUAGGGGUGCUGUAUGUGCCCAAAGGACAGGGCCUGGCUGACAUGCAUGUUGUCAUUAACGGAGAGGAUAUGGGUGCAUCAGCUAAGGGCAUCCCAAUGCUUCAGCCUUUGUUUGCUGUGGUUGAUGUGUACUCUGCUACAAAGCAAGUUCGCAUUGUCCAGGUGGAAUAUGGAUUUUCCUCCCUGCAGACUCUGUGUAGAAAGUGCAUCCAGAAAAACAUAGUCCACAGGAUGGCUCUGGACUGGCUGGAACUGCCUGAGAGACUCAAACACUACUGCAAGUAUGAGUGACAGACAGCGCACUUUGGACUGAGCACCUCCUGAAGAAGCUUCUCACGAGAGCCGAACUUAAGAUCCAAGUGGUUUCUACAUUUCAGAAAAGAUAAAUGUACUUAAUGUGUUUAUAUUUUUGAGAUCUUCUUUACAAUGAAUCCCUGGUCUC